AUGAAGAGACAGAACGUGCGCACACUCGCCUUAAUUAUUUGCACCCUGUCCUACCUGCUCAUCGGUGCGGGAGUUUUCGAUGCGCUCGAGUCCAAACAGGAGAAAAGUCAGCGCAGGAAGCUGGACUACCGCAAAUUUCAGCUGGUGAGCAGGUACAAUCUGUCCAGAAACGACUUCGAGCAGAUUGAAAAAGUGGUGUUGCAGCUGAAACCGCACAAAGCUGGAGUGCAGUGGAAGUUUGCGGGAUCUUUUUACUUCGCCAUCACUGUGAUAACCACAAUAGGUUAUGGCCAUGCUGCCCCCAGCACUGAUGCAGGAAAAGCGUUCUGCAUGGGCUAUGCACUCCUGGGCAUCCCGCUUACUCUGGUGAUGUUUCAAAGCUUGGGUGAACGCAUCAACACCUUUGUCCGCUUCCUGCUCCACAAAGCCAAGAAGUGUGUGGGUCUGCGACGGCCUGAGGUCUCUAUGGCUAACAUGGUAACCAUUGGCUUCUUUUCCUGUGUUGGCACCCUUUGCAUGGGGGCAGCUGCCUUCUCACACUAUGAGGGCUGGAGCUACUUCCAUGCUUUUUACUACUGCUUCAUUACCUUGACCACCAUUGGCUUCGGAGACUAUGUGGCUCUGCAAAAGGACAAUGCACUCCACAACGACCCUCAUUAUGUUGCCUUUAGCUUUGUCUACAUCCUAAUAGGCCUGACGGUGAUCGGUGCCUUUCUAAACCUUGUGGUGCUGCGAUUCAUGACGAUGAAUGCUGAAGAUGAGAGGAGGGAUGCAGAGCAGCGGGCUCUGUUUCCCAAAGACAAACAAAACCCUAAGCCUUCUCAACAUGCCAACCUCCAGACUUUACCAGUGCAAGAGCAGGACCCUAAAAGGCAAGGCCUGAAGAGUGUCUAUGCUGAAGUACUUCACUUCCAGACCGUCUGCUCCUGCCUGUGGUAUAAAAGUCAGGAGAAGAUGGUCAUGCUCCCACAGGAUCUGUCCUUUAGCGAUGCGUUGAUAGAGCAUGGUAACUUCUUUGAGCCUAGUUCCACAGGCUGCAUUUGUAACUCCCAGCGCUGCUCAGCUAUUAGCACUGUGUCCACUGAUCUGAGGAGCAUCUCCCCAUUUAGACUGCACUCCAAGAGGCGCAGCUCUGUCUAG